UUCCCUCCUUCGUUUUCCACUGAAGUGCGUGAAUUUCAUACCAAACCCAUACUUCGCAUUCCACCUUUACUGUCAAACCCGGAGAAAUAUUACCGAAAACAAUAGAGCACCGACAUUAAUAUAACUUUACUGAAGUAAAGCUCGUGCUGCUCUAUCGGUAGAGGUGUUUACCAAUAAAGGGAAUUGUGAAGAAGAAGAGGACAAGACAGUGAGAAGCGAAGUGUUUGGAGAGAUCGUGCACUCCUUUUACUACGUUAACAGUACUUGCAUAGCGUGGGGGCUCGUGGCAGGCCCCGGUACGAGCCGGCAUCAUUGCGUCCAACAAGUGGAGUGCAAACGGCAGCCCGGAGCAGGGGCUGGAUGAUGGGGGUGAUGAACUGGACAAGGCCAUGGAUGGAGACGCAGAGGGCGUGUGGAGCCCGGACAUCGAACAGAGCUUUCAGGAGGCUCUUGCCAUCUACCCGCCCUGCGGCAGGCGCAAAAUCAUCCUCUCGGACGAAGGAAAGAUGUAUGGGCGCAAUGAGCUUAUCGCCAGAUAUAUCAAGCUGAGGACGGGCAAAACCCGCACAAGAAAACAGGUUUCUAGCCACUUGCAGGUUCUUGCCAGGAGAAAAUCUCGCGACAUACAGUCAAAACUAAAGGCCAUGAACUUGGAUCAAGCAUCCAAAGACAAAGCUCUCCAGAACAUGGCGGCGCUCUCCUCCGCUCAGAUCGUGUCUCCCAGUUUAAUCAAGAAUCCUCUUCCGCCUCUUCCGCAGUCUCCUUAUCCCCCCGCUGCACGGUUCUGGCCGACUCCUAUCCCAGGACAACCAGGACCCUCUCAGGAGCUGGUUCUUAAGCACAACCCAGUGAGAAGUCCUGGGCUUGGUCGCACCAGCUACGCUAUCAAACCUUUUGCACCAGGCCCUUACCCGAACCUAUCAGGACCUGUUCAGCAAGCCAUAGCACCAUACGAACCUCUGGCGCCUCCUCCACCUCCGGUGGCCACCGCAGUGCCCGUGUGGCAGGAUCGCACCAUUGCCUCCUCUAAGCUCCGCAUGCUGGAGUACUCUGCAUUUAUGGAGGUUCCACAGGAUCAGGAUAAUUAUAGCAAACACCUUUUUGUCCACAUUGGCCAGACCAACCCGUCCUACAGCGACCCCCUGCUGGAGGCUGUGGACAUACGGCAGAUCUACGACAAGUUUCCAGAGAAAAAAGGUGGACUCAAGGAGCUUUACGAGAAAGGCCCUCAAAAUGCUUUUUUCCUGGUCAAAUUCUGGGCGGAUCUCAAUAACAGCAGCAUUCAGGACGGGCCAGGCUCUUUCUACGGGGUCAGCAGUCAGUACAGCAGCUCUGAGAACAUGACCAUCACCGUCUCAACCAAAGUGUGCUCGUUCGGCAAACAGGUGGUGGAGAAAGUGGAGACAGAAUAUGCCCGUGUUGAGGGGGGGAAGUGUUUGUAUCGUAUCCAUCGUUCUCCCAUGUGUGAAUAUAUGAUCAACUUCAUCCACAAACUCAAGCACCUGCCUGAGAAAUACAUGAUGAACAGCGUAUUAGAAAACUUCACCAUCCUACAGGUGGUGACCAACAGGGAAACGCAGGAGACUCUAUUAUGUAUAGCGUUUGUAUUUGAAGUGUCGACAAGCGAACAUGGGGCACAAUACCAUGUCUACAGGCUCAUUAAGGACUAGUUACUUCACAAUCGAUUCUGUCAGCAGACUUCUUUUGCUUCACACACUUCCUCUAAACAAACAUGGAGGACUAUGCCAAAUUGUUCUAACAUCAGAGGAAUACGCCAAAAUGUUACAAAAAACCAAAUGUUUCGCUUGUGUUUUAAUUCAGGUGCAGAAUCGAAUUGAGUCCUAUAGUAUUACUCUGUUAAAAAAGUUUUUAUAUGUUUUUAAAUGCCUUAAAUACAAAAUGGGUCACAUUGGUUUUUGUUGCAUAUAGAAAUCGUGAUGUCUUUAAAGCUUUGUUUUGUCUCCACUGAGGGAAUGUGAAUGUGUUAAUGGAAUAGAGAGUCUUUAAUGCGUAAAGACAACGUGUGCCGUCUAUAACCAGAGCGGUACAUGCAGCAUUUUACAGUGAUGUACUAGGUUGAAUGUCAUGUGCAUAUUUUACUCCAUUAUUAUUAAAAAGCAGAAAAAAAAUCGUUUUUUAUAUUUCUUGCAUAAAGCAAUCAAGGCCUAAUUUUUUACAUUGUGACAUUUUUAAGUCAUCAUAAUAUCAAUUCCUUAUCGUAUAAAUAUUUAAUAUGUAUAGUGUAUCAUUUGUUUCAGUAAUAGAGCAAAUGUGUUUACAAUAAGCCUAAUUGUCUUUAUGCAAGGAAAUAAAAAAUAAUUUUAGGGUGAAAUGUUGCCUGUACACCUUGUCAACGAGUUCACUAGUUUGUAAAUGAGGACCAGGUUGGCCAGCAGAGGGUUUACAGUCAUCUUUAUAAAGGACAAGAUCUACUGACAACACAUUAUCAGUUUCCUGAAUACAAAAGAUUAUGGCUGUAAAGUCUGUUACUAAGCCAGCUAAUGUCUUUAUAACAGUCGAAGAGGUGUCAUUAAACCGUUUGCAGGUACUAAAGGAUAUAGAUAAGUUGAAAUAGUGAGUGCCUUUUUUUUAAUAAACACUAAGUUGAUUGAUACUCUGAAGUGCCUUUUGACUACCUCUUAAAAUAGUACGAAUAGGUAAAGCGAUCAAUUUCUUUAUACUACAUCAUGACAAAGUAUUUAAGUCGGCCGUUUGUCAAUGUUUUCUAGAGAUUCAUAAACUAAGGAAAGGUCAAACUGUUUAAAGGUCAAACCUGGCCGUGGACAUGAAUCUGUCGAGCUAAAUGUCCCUGUAGUACGAAGAAAGUGGCUUCAUAGUUUCUACCCAUCAAUACAAUAGAUUUUAAACGUGUAUGAUGGGACAAUACCUGUAUAGGUAUACCUCUUAUUACCAUGUCUUUUUUUAAUGGAGGAUGUUGUGUUUGUUUUCUCUGGUGCUCUCAAUCCCUAAAGAAAAUGUUAGCAUUUCCAAACUUCUCUUUUUUUCUCUUUCACUGUGUAGCUUACAUUUUCAACAAGUAAAUUACUUUUCGGUUUACUUGUCAGAACCUUUAGUUUUGGGUUAUAGCAUCAGGUUUCAUCUCUUGUUUGUUAAAAGUCUAAAAAGGGAAAGUUAUUAAUUUUACCCUGCACAUCAGCACUCGAUCACCUUACACAGGAUGUACAGCAGCUGAUUUACAGUUUGUAUGGUUUGUGCAUCUCUGUAGUGUUUUUAACUCCCUUUAGAUGUAGAUUUGGGAUCAAAGUUCAGAUGUGUUUAUGGUUAUAGUUUACUCUGUUGAAUGCACCAGGUGUUCAGCAUGGAUUUGCAUUAUCAUUGAAUGCCAUUUGAACAUACUGAACUAAAAGGUUUUAUUAAAUGCGAUCAUCUUUUCUACUACUGAAUUUUACAAAUAAUUCGAUCAAAUUCAACGUUUGAAGUGCCUGAUUCUGAUGAAGCCAUGUUUGUUCAAUCUUUUCAAUUUCAGAAGGCAGCACUGUUAUGGUUUAGUGCUCGAUAACAUUUUUAUGUCCAGAUGACAGUCAGUAUAGUUUGAUUUCUGAAGGUACUGCUAAUUUUUAAGUACAUGAGACAAGCAGAAAUGUAAUGUAUAUUGGUUCAGCGUUAACCUACAUUAUCGUGUUUGACGACAGUUUCCUCAAUUGUAUUUUUUUCUUGGCUCUCUUUCUUUUUUUUAUAAUUAUUGUUAUUAUAAUUAUUAAUUUUAUGUUUGCUCUUUGACUUUCGAUUGAUGCUGUAUGCAUAAGUUGAAAAUGUUGUGUGUUACUUUUAUUUUCAUGCCAUUAAUAGUGGUGUUGGCAAAAGCUUUCCCCCAUUUUUUUUAACAGGAUUGUUGCCUUGGUUACCAAUUGUGCAUUGCAAUUAUGUAUUGAAUAUUUUCAUUGUUAGGGGUUUGUACAAUAUAAUCAAAACAAUGUAUAGCAAUACCAAUAAAAAUGGCAUGGGUCUCCUUGGACCAUAUUUCUUACAA